CGCACGCGAUUGUCGCAAAAGGAACGCUUGUAUAACAAGGCGCGAAAGUCUGAAAUCACGACGCGAAUGAAGAAGGUUUUCGUCAACGCGAGCGAACUCAUGGCGGCGGACGCGUGCACGGAGGCGGAUAUUAGCGGUUUGGAAACGUUGAUCUCGGAAGCGACAAAGUCCGUGGAUAAGGCCGUGGCGCGGGGGAUCUUGCACAAGAACACCGGCGCUCGACGCAAGGCGCGCAUGUCCAAGUACAAGCAA